AUGAGCUUCCGUGGGGGCGACGAGGAGGAGGAGACGGCGGAGGAGCUGCUGGAGCGUGUCCGGGGCAUGGUGCCGCCGGCGGCUGCGGCGGCGCGGGCGGCGCGCGGGUUCCCGGGCCGGUGGACGGCGAUCGCCGCGAAGCUGGACGCGCUCCCGGCGUGCCUGUCCGACCUGUCCAGCCACCCUUGCUUCGCCAGGAACGCGCUGUGCCGGGAGCUGCUGCAGUCCGUGGCCGCCACGCUAGCCGACGCGGCCGAGCUCGCGGCGCGGUGCCGGGAGCCGCCGGCGGACGGGAAGCUGAGGACGCAGAGCGCCGUCGACGCGCUGUCCGGGAGGCUCAACCUCGGCCUCCGGGACUGCGCGCUGCUCGUCAAGACCGGCGUGCUGUCGGACGCCGCCGGCCCGUCCCCGUCCACGCCGGCGGAGGAGGCUGCGGCUGCGGCUGCGGCCCCGUCCGCGGACGUCCGGGAGCUGCUCGCGAGGCUGCAGAUCGGGCACGCCGAGGCCAAGAGCCGGGCCGUGGACGGGCUGCUGGACGCGCUGCGCAGGGACGAGCAGAGCGUGCUGGCGGCGCUCGGCCGCGCCAGCGUCUCCGCGAUGGUGCAGCUGCUCACGGCGUCGGCGCCCGUGGUCCGGGAGAAGGCCGCCACCGUCGUGUGCCAGGCCGCGGAGUCGGGCGGCGCCGCCUGCGAGGAGCUGCUCGUGACCGAGGGCGUCCUGCCGCCGCUAAUCAGGCUGGCGGAGUCCGGCAGCCUCGUGGCGCGCGAGAAGGCCGCGCUCACGCUGCAGCGCCUGUCCGCGUCGUCGCCUGACGUCGCGCGCGCGGUCGUCGGACACGGUGGCGCCGGCGCGCUCGUCGAGAUCUGCCAGACGGGGGACUCCGUCUCCCAGACCGCCGCGGCCGGCGCGCUCAGGAUUCUCUCGGCGGUGCCGGAGGUGCGGCAGGCAUUGGCGGACGAAGGAGUCGUCCGCGUCAUGGUCGGACUGCUGGACCGCUGCGCCGUGGCGGGCGCCAAGGAGCACGCCGCCGAGUGCUUGCAGAACCUCACGUCCGGCAACGACGGCUUGCGGCACGCCGUCGUGUCGGAGGGCGGGCUGCGCAGCCUGCUGCUCUACCUGGACGGCCCGCUGCCGCAGGAGCCGGCCGUGAGCGCGCUCCGGAACCUCGUGGGCGCCGUCUCGCCCGACAGCCUCGUGGCGCUCGGCGUGCUGCCGCGGCUGGUCCACGUGCUCAGGGUCGGGUCGAUUGGCGCGCAGCAGGCGGCGGCCGCGGCGAUCUGCCGGAUCUCCAGCUCCGCCGAGAUGAAGCGCGCCGUCGGCGAGCACGGCUGCAUCCCGCUGCUGGUGCGCUUGCUGGAGGCCAAGUCGAACGGCGCGCGCGAGGUGGCCGCGCAGGCGCUGGCGAGCCUGGUGAGCUGCCCUGCCAACGCCCGGGAGAUGAAGAAGGACGACAAGUGUGUGCCCGGCCUGGUGCAGCUGCUGGACCCGAGCCCAGCCAACACGGCUAAGAAGUACGCCAUCGCCGGCCUCCUCACGCUCUCGGGGACCAAGCGAUGCAAGAAAGUGAUGGUCUCGCACGGCGCCAUUGGGUACCUCAAGAAGCUCUCCGACAUGGACGUGGCCGGCGCCAAGAAGCUGCACGAGAGGCUGGAGGGCGGCAGGCUACGUAGCAUGUUCAGUAGGCAGUAG